AUGGCCGCCCAGCGCCUGGAGUGCCCCGUCUGCCUGGAGGUGCAGGACGGGCAGCAGCACCAGUGCCGGGAGGGCCACGUCUUCUGCGCCUCCUGCGACUCCAACCUGCGAGCCCCGCGCCGCUGCCCCGAGUGCCGCAUGGCUCUCGGACCGCUGAGCCAGGCAAUUCGAUCCCGAAGCCACGAAGAGCAGAUCGCGGCGCUGCCGGCGGCGUGUUCGCACUGCGGGCUGGCGACGACGCGCGGUGAAGUCGCCGCACACGAGCAAGACUGCCCGCAGCGGCCGCGAGCGUGUUCCGCGGCGGAGGCUGGCUGCGCGUGGUCAGGGCUGCUGGCAGACAAGGCAGCGCACGAGGCGACGUGCCCCUUCGCCGUGUGCCAGCGCAUGAUGGCGCCGCUGCAGGCUCAGGUUGCGCCGCUGCGAGCCCAGGUGGCGGCGCAAGGCGCUGAGAACGAGCGGCUGCAAGCCCAGUUGGCAGCGCAGGGCGCGGAGAACUCACAACUGCGGUUGCGCGUGGCGGCGCUCGAGGCUGGCGAGGGCGGCGAGGAGGGAGGACGGCGGGUGCGGCAGCGCGUGGGCGCCGCGCCCCAUGACGCGCCGCCGAGCGAUGCGGCGGUGCAGGCGAUGGCCGUUGCGGCGGCGGCGGCGACGCUGCGCGUGCACGCGUCGGUCAGCCGCGUCGCUGCUGCGGCGUGCAAGCGUUUGGCUAUUCUGUGCAUUGAGGUGCAGAACAGGCAACUUGCGGCGGGCGCAGACGCAGUCGAGGCAAUAGUGGCGGCGAUGCAGGCUCAUCCGCAGGAGGCGGAAGUGCAACAGCAAGGGUGGGCGGCGCUGGCCAACGUGUGCUGCGGCACCGACGCCGCGGGGCUCGCACGCAAGCAGCGCGCAGCAGAGGCGGGCGCGAUCGAGGCGGUUGCGGCGGCGAUGCGCGCUCACCCGCAGGAGGCGGAGGUGCAGCAUUAUGGCUGUUUGGCGCUGCGCAACGUGUGCUCCGGCACCGACGGCGCAGGGCGCGCACGCAGCCAGCGCGCAGCAGCCGCGGGCGCGAUCGAGGCAAUAGUGGCGGCGCUGCAGGCUCACCCGCAGGAGGCGGGGGUGCAACAGCAAGGCUGCGGGGCGCUGGCUAAGGUUUGCUUCGGCACCGACGCCGCAGGGCGCGCACGCAGCCAGCGCGCAGCAGCCGCGGGCGCGAUCGAGGCGGCUGCGGCGGCGCUGCAGGCUCACCCGCAGGAGGCGGAGGUGCAAGAGUAUGGCUGCUGGGCGCUGGUCAACGUGUGCUACGGCACCGACGUCGCAGGGGGCGCACGCAGCCAGCGCGCAGUCGACGCGGGCGCGAUCGAAGCAAUAGUGGCAGCGCUGCAGGCUCACCCGCAGGUGGAGGGGGUGCAGAAGCAAGGCUGCGCGGCGCUGGCCAACGUGUGCUCCGGCACCGACGCCGCGGGGCUCGCACGCAAGCAGCGCGCAGCAGGCGCGGGCGCGAUCGAGGCGAUCGUGGCGGCGCUGCAGGCUUACCCGCAGGUGGCGGAAGUGCAGAAGCAAGGCUGCGGGGCGCUGGCCAUCGUGUGCUCUGGCACCGACGCCGCGGGGCUCGCACGCAAGCAGCGCGCAGCAGCCGCGGGCGCGAUCGAGGCGGCUGCGGCGGCGCUGCAGGCCCACCCGCAGGUGGCGGCCGUGCAGGCGCAAGGACAGCGCUUGCGCGAUCUGCUUGCCUGA